GCCUCAAUAAAAUAAUGGGUUUGUUUGGAUCACAUUAAUUAAAUGCAUGUUCAGCACUCAAAUGUUAAUUGUCUAGAACCGUGCGGUAAAUUAAAUACUGAUGAAAGUAUGGAAGAGAAAUCUAAUAAAGCAGUAGAAUUAGAAGAUAAAGCUUUCGAUGAAAUUAUCGGGCACGUUGAGGACAUUUUAAUAGAAGACGAAUUCUAUGAGCUUCAAAGAAAAUUUUUGGAGACUUAUUGGGAUGUAUUCGAACCCGUAGAAGAAAAUAAAUUAAUUUAUACCGAUAUAUUUAAUGAAUAUAGCAAGGUUGUAGAAAAUUAUAUUGUCAAUCACUUAAGAAGAAUUAUACCAAAUUUUAAUAUAGACAAAUUCUUGGAAUAUUUAAAUGUUAGGCAAACUGAAUUGGACGGUGAAGUUUUCGAAAUGUUAGCAACAUUGAUUGACUUCGUGGCUUUCAAACAACUGUUCCUCGAUUAUAGGGCUAUCAAGGAAGGAAAGUAUGAUGGCCUUAGUUCUGGAAUACAUAUAACAUCGUUUCAUACAAAUAACAAAACUAACAGUUCUCCUUGAAUCGGAAAAUAGAAAUAGAGCACGAGAAUACAUGAUACAUAAUGAGAAAAUAGUCCCUGAUUGUAUUCUUCAAAUAUGAUUAAGGGAGAGUACGGUUAAUUCAUUCACAAUUUUUUCGCACAUUCGUUACAUUUCAAAUAAUACAAAGAUCAAAUAUUUAUGGGAAUGCACAAGGAAAUACAAAACACGUAUACGUAUAAUGCAUUAUAAAACUUGGUUUUAUGAACGCUUUUGUGUUUCACAAAUUCAGUACUCGUUCGCUUGAAACUGUAUAUCCAAAAUAAAGGAAAUGUUUAAUUUAACACAUAAGAA